CAGUACUGCAGCAUCAUGUUUUCCCGGAAAUCACCUAAUUUUACGGACUUGCUGGGAGGGCGGUUUUGCGCCGGCGCUGACCACCUCUUCAGUAUUUAUACACGAGCUUCAGUCAGAACCAUCCACGACAGAAGACAGAGGAUCAUGUCUUGUAGUAAGUACAUGCCAGCUCCAGUGUGUCUCAUUGAAAAUGAUGAAAAUGGGAAGCUGCGUGUGAGAAAAGAGGCCAAAGACAUUCUGGAUGGGAUCACUGAGCCGGUGGUGGUGGUGUCUGUGGUGGGACUCUACCGUACGGGGAAAUCUUACCUUAUGAACCGCUUGGCCGGACAACAGUCCGGCUUUGCUCUCGGCAGCACUAUUGAAUCCAAGACUAAAGGCAUCUGGAUGUGGUGUGUCCCUCACCCUAAUAAAAAAGGACACACUCUUGUGCUGCUGGACACAGAGGGACUUGGGGACGUGGCAAAGGGAGACUCUAAGAAUGACGGCUGGAUCUUCUGUCUGGCUGUUCUGCUCAGCAGCACACUGGUGUACAACAGCCGUGGCACUAUUGAUAACACUGCAGUGGAAAAGCUGCACUACGUUGUUGAGCUCACUGAGCAGAUCAAGAUCAGAUCGACAGAAGCACCAGAUGAGGAGGAAGGGGAAGAUUCUGAGUUUGUGCGGUUUUUCCCAUCAUUCAUCUGGGUCGUGAGAGAUUUCACCUUGGAAUUGGAAAUUGAUGGGAAGAAAGUGACAGACGACGAUUACCUUGAAUUUGCCCUUAAUCUGAGGAAAGGUGUGAGUAAGAAAACUAGAGACUACAAUCUGCCUCGUGAAUGUAUCAGGCGUUAUUUCCCUAGCCGGAAGUGUUUUGUGUUCCCGUUUCCCGUUACCUGCCACAAAAACAUGACACGCCUGGAGAUCUUACAAGACCAGGACCUUGCACAACAAUUUCUGGAAGUCACGGGACAUUUCUGUGACCACAUGUUUGUCAACAGUGAUGUGAAAAGACUGAAAGGAGGACAUAUAGUUACUGGACAAUUGCUCGGGCAUCUGGUUGAGAUUUAUGUAGAGACAAUCAGCAGUGGUGAAGUGCCUUGUUUGGAAAAUGCAGUGGUUGUUCUGGCAAAUCUAGAAAACCAGACAGCUGUUCAAGAAGCCCUGAAAGUAUAUCAGACAGGAAUGGAAGAGUUGAAGAAGACAUUACCAGUCAGUAUAGAAAAUUUGACCUGUGAGCACCAGAAAUUCAGCAGUCUGGCCAUUGCUAAAUUCACGGAACGCUCAUUUAAAGAUGAAAAAAUGGAAUACUUGAAGAAACUGGAGGAAGCUGUAUCUAUGUUCUAUACAGACUUGUUGGAAGAGAAUAAGAUGACAUCAGAGAGAAAGUGCAGAGAUCUGCUGAAGAAUCUGUCCUCUGACAUGAAUAAACGGAUGCAGGAUGGGGAGUACAGUCAGUCUGGAGGAUAUGAACUCUAUAAAAGAGAUAGAGACGCCAUUGUUGAACAGUACCACAGAGAACCCAACAAAGGAAUAAGGGCUGAGGCUGUGCUGGAAGAGUUUCUGAAAGAACGGGAACCUGAAGCAAACAGCAUCCUCUGCAUGGAUAAUAAACUUACUGAAAAUGAGAAACAAAUUAAUAAAGAGAAAGAGAAUGCAGCUCUGCUGAAACAGAAGUUGAAAGAAGAGGAGGAGAAACGAAUUGAGAGCGAAAAAAUGAUGGAAACAGAGAAAGCGCGGCAUGAGGACAGGGUAAAACAAAUGCAGGAGAGCUUCAAAAAGGAAAAGCAGCAGCAGCAGCAGGAGAUGGACAGAGCCAUUGACAGCAAACUCAAGGAACAGGAGGAGAUGCUAAAGAAAGGCUUCAAGGAGGAAGCUUAUAACCUCAAGGAAGAAAUAAAGAAGUUAAAAAAUGAAAAGGAACGCUUACAUGGUGGUGGCAUAUUUAAGGACUAUGUGAUGCCAUUUCUUUGCCCUCUUGUAGAAACGGUUCCCAACCUCCUCAUGCAGAGAUCGAUGAUAAAAAGCCUGACAAAGGGACUGAAACGUUAAAACCUGAUACAAAAUUUUCCUUGAUUCAUAUUUUCCAUAUCUCUGUUGAGUCUGAUUUUAUAGCAUUUAAAGACUUACUAAAGCAUGUGCUUUAUAGAGCAGGUCCUGAACAUACAUUAUGGACCCUUGAAAGUGCACAAUGUAAUUUUUACACCGUUAGCAGCACCCAUAGAAUUUGCAAAAUGGCAAGUCCAUCUUUUGGAUAAAAAGUAGUCCCAGCUCAAACAUUUAUUUAAUGUUGAUGCAAAAAGGAAGUGUUAUGGAUGGAAAGAUGGAAAAACUAGAUUUUUAAAAAAAAAAUUAUUUAUUAGUUUCUGUUUUAGCUUUAAAAAUGUACUUGAGUUGCAAUAAGGAAAUUAUGUAAUAGGCCGCACAUUGUCAAGAAAGGGUCAAGGGGUUAUUUAACACAGCAAGCUGAGACAUGCAGAAAAUAUGAAAACAAGAAUGCUCAGCCCAAAGAUCAUGUUCAUUCGGAAUGCAGUCUACAUGUGAUCAGUCUAGACUUAAACUCACAGUCAUAUGACUAGAUUAGAUCAUGACAAUCAUCAGAUCAGUGUAACAUGUCACAGUGAAGAAAACUUGUGUAACACUUAAUGUAUUUUCAUCUCAAUGUAAUUUGCUCCACAAAACAUACAGCAUGUAUUGUAGCAUAUACUGUAACAUUCCAAUAUUCUACAAUAAAAUUGUCUUUCCUCUGA